AAUGUAUUCAAAAACAAAAUGCUUCCGUCUAUCGGUUUACCGUUUACCCCUGCAAAGAUUUCCGUUCACCAAUUCGGAGGAAAGAAUGCUAAUUCGCGGCUUUUCGAUGAUGUUAUCCUCCGCGACAACCUCCUCCGCUGUGCCUAUCUUCGCUUUUCCCAGGAAAUGCUUUCGAUGCCCCCUUCCUUUACUCGCGAGAUUUCUUACUGCCGGAAACCAAUCUUCAGUUAUUUGCACCGCCUCAACUUCCGACAGUCUUGCCCUCUACUCCACCGACUCGUCAGCUGUGCCCGACCUCGUACCCUCGGAAUCAAAGCAAAAACCCUUGAAGCCAGGUUUAUAUCUGGUAGGAACACCUAUUGGGAAUCUUGAAGAUAUUACUCUCAGAGCUUUGAGAGUUUUAAAUUCUGCAAAUGUGAUACUUUCUGAAGAUACAAGGCAUUCAGGGAAGUUGCUACAGCAUUACAAUAUUAAGACUCCUCUUCUUACCUAUCACAAAUUCAACGAAUCUCAGAGGGAGCAAUCUGUGUUAAAAAGACUUGGAGAAGGUCAAGUUGUGGCAUUGAUCAGUGAUGCUGGAACUCCGGGCAUUAGUGAUCCUGGUGCAGAACUGGCAAAAUUAUGUGUGGAGAUGAAUAUACCAGUGAUUCCUAUCCCUGGUCCUUCUGCCCUCAUAACUGCUCUAUCGGCCUCUGGCUUACCUACUAACGAGUUCACAUUUGUUGGAUUUCUCCCAAAACAUGCUGGUUCUAGGAGAGAGAGACUGACGAUUUCUUCAAAUGAGGCGGCAACUCAGAUUUUCUAUGUUCCACCUCACAAGCUUUGCCAUUUUCUUGAAGAGACUUCUUCGAUAUUUGGUGAUUCUAGGCGGUGUGUCAUAGCACGUGAAAUGACUAAAAUAUAUGAGGAGUUUUGGCAUGGUAGUAUAGGCCAAGCCAAAGAAGCUUUUUCAACACGCCAACCUAAGGGUGAAAUCACCUUCUUGCUUGAAGGAAAAUCACCUAGUACAGAUGACGCUCCAUCGGAGUCCGAAUUGGAGAAUGAAUUGAGAGAGCUUAUAUCAAAAGGCAACACACUUUCAAUGGCAGUGAAGAUGGUGGCAACCUGCAAGUCUCUGAAAAGAAAAGCAAUAUAUUCUCUUGCACUUAGGAAAUUCGGUAAGCAACUUGAAUCCGAGGAUGAUGAUGAUGAUCCAGCUUCAUGACCCUGUACAGAAAAGAAAGAAAGAAAGAAAGAAAGAGAAUGUGUUGGACUAUAGGUGUGCUUGUUCAAUAUAUUAUUCAGCUGGCAUUGAUUACAGAAAGCCUGGACGGGUCUACCUUCUGCAUACAGCUGUUGUAGAAGGAAAUAUUCUUUUGGGAGUCCACAAUGCAUGGUCUAGGCAAAAUAGUCCACUUCUGAUUCAAACAGCGUUUAUACCCAUCGUGAUUUUGUUCCCUAUAGCUCUGACUUUUUUUUUUGAAGCAGUAGUUUUUGGUAAUUUCAUUCCUCCCUCUGACUUUCAUGGGAAAUAUAUUAUCCACCAAGGACCUAUAAUGUGUACAGUCCUAUCCUGUGAUGCAGAACCCCGCAUUAAAGAUACAGUUCUUGUAGAAUAUUAAGGUCAAGCAACCAAGAAUACUUUGGUGGUCGGCAAUGCUGUUUUAUAUAGCUGGCCCGCUGAUGGUGGGAUAGUUCAGAUGAUAAAGAAGAGUAAGCUGUUUUCCUAGGAUGUUUGCGGAUCAGCUAAGGGUCUACAUGGAAAAGCUUCUGCUUUAAUUAGUUACAGUUGAUCACCUCACUUGUAGGAGAAAAUUGGAAUAUGUUGUGUUUACAAGUUUGAGAGAGGUGGAAUAGUGGGAAGUCAAAGUAAUAUGGCGACUUAUUAUUCAUGGGGUUCGACCAGUAACGAAAGAGACUCUCCACUCCCACUAAUGCCACAUCAUCCGUCUGAUCUUCUGAUGAUGAAUGUUACCCCCAAUAGCACAGAUCCUCACGCUGCUUCUUCCAUUGAGGAGCCUUCCGACACUUUCGAUAAUGAGCAGUAUGAAAACGGACGACAACUAUCUCUCAGCUUGGUCAUGCAAGUUCCAUCAUCAUACCGUGAUGACCACCAGUUUCAGGGUGGCUCAUACUACAAUGAAAAUAAAAAUGUUGAAUACUUGUCGUUUGAUUCAGCUGGCAAAUCUGGUGCCAUUGACAACCUCAGACAGAUGGAUUUUAUUAGCACACGCAUACAUGAAGCAACUGACAUUUAUGAUUCCAAAUAUCUAAAGGCUGCACAGGAUUUACUUGACGAGAUUGUUAACGUCCAAUCAUCAUCCGCUACAACAAAACAACCGGACAGACAGUACAUUUUUUAUUCAUUUGCUGAAAAUUUGUCUGAAGAGGAGGCUUCUGCUCUUAUGAUGUCAUCCAGCUGUGCACCGGAUAUAUCAUCUGCAAAACAAUGUGAUCUAGAUAACAAGAUGAACAAGCUCUUGUGGAUGCUAAAUAAGGUGGACAUGUCAUACAAACAAUAUUAUGAACAGAUGCAAAUUUUAGUAUCAUCCUUUGAGAUGGUGGCUGGGAGCGGUGCUGCUAGACCAUACACAUCACUUUCCCUCGAAACCAUUUCCCGCCAAUUCCGUUGCAUUUGUGAUGCAAUCAAGAAGCAGAUUCAGGCUACCCGAGGGGAGGGUCAAGGUGGUGGUGGUGAUGAUGUUAGCAAUACUAGCCAAGGAGGAAAAAGGUUUUAUCGGCUCCGUCAAGUGGAUCACAAGCUGAGGCAACAAAAAUUGCUUCAGCAAUUUAGUGUGAUGAGACAACCUUGGAGGCCACUUAGAGGCUUGCCUGAAAAUGCUGUUUCUAUACUCCGUGCUUGGCUCUUUGAACAUUUCCUCCACCCGUACCCAAAAGAGACAGAGAAAGUGACACUUGCGAGACAAACAGGCUUAACAAGAAGCCAGGUGGCGAACUGGUUCAUUAAUGCACGUGUCCGCCUUUGGAAACCCAUGAUUGAAGAGAUGUACAAGGAGGAGGUCGGCAAUACCGAGGCAAACCUCACAAGUUCUUCAUAACAAUUACAAGCUGCUAAUUAAAGCUGAUCCAAAGAUGAAGUUAUUUUUCAUCAUGAUAUGGAUUGUUUGUUCUGCUAAAUGGGGUGAUAAGAAGCAUUCUUGUAGUUUAUAUUAUCUUUAAACACAAACAUUGAUAUAGUUUACCUUGGCAUAGCAAUAGCUAAGUGUAUACGUGAAAUACUAAUACACUACUGUAGCAUAUUUUGUUUGACUGUGGGGCAAUAAAAGAUU